UGCCUCUUUGUGUCGGUUAGUAAUCAAUAUCCAACCGUGUAGAAGAACCCCUCAAGAAACAUCAUGUGACGGUGUGACCUCCUCCUCAAAACCAAAAGUCCAAAACCAAACCCUUUCAAUAAAUCAACCUCACUUCACUCAUAACCCAAACACACACACACACAACACAACACUUCAGAGUGCAAAAUUAAUAGUACUCCUCUAGCCACACAAAGUCACAAAGAUAUUCAUUCAUGGGAAACUGCGUGUUUAAAGGGUUUCAUCACGGGGUCUUAGAAGACCACAUGAUGGUGAGGGUAGUUACCUCAAACGGAGGCAUCAUGGAACUCUACUCUCCUAUAACAGCGGACUGCAUAACCAACGAGUUCCCCGGCCACGGCAUCUUCCGAAGCCACCGUAGCAUAUUCUCCGAACCUCUCCCCAAAAACCAAGAGCUCCAAGGUGGUGAAGUCUACUACCUCCUGCCUCUCAACCUCAACCCUUCUUCUACCUCCACCACCAACAGCAUCAACACACAGCUACCUGAAACCGCCGCCACUAACUCGACGCCGUAUAGGAUGUCCACGUGCGAGAAAAACAACAGCAACAACAGCAACAGUUGGUCGGAACCUGAAGUGUUUCCGAGGUACAACAGCAGCGGAGUGUGGAAGGUGAAGCUGGUAAUCAGCCCCGAGAAGCUGUCGGAGAUUUUGUCGCAGGAGUCAAGAACGGAGGCGUUGAUAGAGAGUGUCAGGACCGUGGCAAAGUGCGGCAACGGGGUGCCGUCGUCGGUGGCUAACUCCGACCAGUGGAGUGUGUCCAGUAGUUGGAAAGGUUCUAUGAUAGAGAAGAUGGCUUUAGAUAAUUCAUAUUAAUUAAUUAAUUCCACCUUUUUAUUAUUGUUUAAUGACCCCUGAUUAUUGUAACAAAAAAAAUGACCCCUGAUUAUUGGUAUUAUUGUCUUCUUCAUUUGUUUCUUUAGAUGCUAAAUAUUAUUAGUAUAUUUUUUUC